CAAACUCGCAUCCACAAUUUCCUUGAUAAUUGAAGUUGUAGCAGUCCAUCACACACAUUUAUCCUCAAGGUGCAAUCGAUGACUGACAUCAACGAGAUAGAUGGCUGGAUUGAGCAACUCGGAAAAUGUCAACAGCUCUCAGAGAACGAUGUCAAGAGACUGUGCGACAAGACACGAGAGAUUUUGAUCGCAGAGUCAAACGUCCAGCCUGUUAGAUGCCCGGUAACUGUGUGUGGUGACAUACACGGCCAGUUCCAUGAUCUAUCAGAACUCUUUAGGAUUGGGGGAAACUCUCCCGACACCAACUAUCUCUUUAUGGGCGAUUAUGUCGAUCGAGGGUACUAUUCAGUGGAGACUGUCACCUUACUUGUCACUCUCAAGCUCCGAUAUCGUGAUCGAGUCACCAUUUUACGCGGGAACCACGAGUCACGUCAAAUUACCCAAGUUUAUGGCUUCUAUGACGAAUGUCUUCGGAAGUAUGGAAACGCGAAUGUGUGGAGAUUCUUCACAGAUUUGUUCGAUUACCUUCCCCUCACCGCUCUCAUUGAUAAUCAGAUCUUUUGUUUACACGGAGGAUUGUCGCCCUCAAUUGACACGCUCGACCAUGUGAGAGGGAUCGACCGCGUUCAGGAGGUGCCACAUGAGGGACCCAUGUGUGAUCUUUUAUGGUCGGAUCCCGAUGAUCGCUGUGGCUGGGGGAUUUCUCCACGUGGCGCCGGCUACACAUUUGGACAAGAUAUCUCUGAAGCGUUCAAUCACAACAAUGGACUUACUCUAGUUGCACGAGCCCAUCAAUUAGUCAUGGAAGGAUAUAAUUGGAGCCAGGAUCGAAACGUCGUAACAAUAUUCAGUGCACCGAACUAUUGCUACCGCUGUGGAAAUCAAGCUGCGAUCAUGGAAAUUGAUGAAAAGCUAUCUUAUACUUUUUUGCAAUUUGAUCCUGCUCCUCGAGCUGGAGAACCACUCGUUUCCCGCCGGGUCCCAGACUACUUCUUGUGAUUUGGUUGUGGCAUCACAUGAACCAUUGUUCUCUUUUGUGCAACGUAAAUGAGAGCCAUAAAUUAUGAUAAUGUCGAACAUAUUUAGACCUAAUUACUAAAUUGGAGUUAUUCGUGAG